GGCUCAAAGCCAUAUAGGACCUAAUAGAAAACUCCGCUUAACGGGCAAGCGCCAAAAUGGAGGACAACGAAGCAGUUUCAUAACUCCCGAGUAGGAGGAGCGUUGUUUUCUGGAAGCUCCGUGGAGCAGAGCGUCCGAGCAGCGCACGGGCGACGGUGGGAGGACUUCGAGGUAAACCGACGGCUAAGAGGUGCAGCUGGGGGAGCAAAGGCGGGGUGUGACGCCCCUGAAUUGUUCGCUGUAAACAGGAGUUUAACCGGACUGUCAGCUAUUUGACCAGAGGAGUGGAGUGUCCGUGUAUCUCUGAAACAACUAACGUGUUCGAGCUGUGGAUGUGGGGAUCAGUGUAACCCACCUGGAUCAGCGCUGCGUAACCCGACUCUAAUGGACUGUGAAGCGCUGUUCACAGGCGCCGUUCGGGCAUUUCAUCCUCUCUGAGCACUACAUGCAGAGCCGAGGAAAAGUGUCUGGGAGCGGACACAGCAGCAACAACAGAAUAGUUAUUUAUAUUUGACAGCUUUGCUUUCUGAGACCGGGCUUCGACACCGGGAGGCUCUACGAAAGGCGGGGCCGAACCGGGGGGCUCAGAGUGGAUUGCUGAGCUCUCCUCGUCCCGACACCCCCAAAGCGACGAAGCCUUAUUUUUGGGGGCUCAGGGGGUCGACGACGGAGGCAAAAACUGGGAAUAAGAAACCUUUAUUUUGCAACUCUUUCCGGGCAGCUGGUGUGCUGUCAUUUAUUGCUGUCAAGCGGCCAGCUACCCCUGUCCUCUAGUGUCCACAUUCAGGAGCAUUACCAGGUUCGGGACCGAUAUAUAUUUUUGGGGAGGUGUGAAGGGGAUAAUUCAUCCCCGGCCGGGCUCGGACUAUGGCGGACGACGACAUUCUGUUUGAAGAUGUCUACGAGCUCUGCGAGGUCAUCGGGAAGGGUCCCUUCAGCGUGGUGAGGAGAUGCAUCAACAGGGACACGGGCCAACAGUUUGCGGUCAAAAUCGUGGAUGUGGCCCAGUUCACCUCCAGUCCUGGUCUCAGCACAGAAGAUCUGAAGAGAGAGGCCAGCAUCUGCCACAUGCUGAAGCACCCCCACAUCGUGGAGCUGCUGGAGACCUACAGCUCAGAUGGCAUGCUCUACAUGGUGUUUGAAUUUAUGGACGGGGCAGACCUGUGCUUUGAGAUCGUGAAGAGGGCAGAUGCUGGCUUCGUCUACAGCGAAGCAGUGGCCAGUCACUACAUGAGGCAGAUUCUUGAGGCGCUGCGGUACUGCCACGACAACAACAUCAUCCACAGAGACGUAAAGCCUCACUGUGUGCUGCUGGCGUCCAAAGAGAACUCUGCUCCGGUCAAACUGGGUGGGUUCGGAGUGGCGAUCCAGCUCGGAGAGUCCGGAUUGGUGGCAGGAGGCCGUGUUGGGACUCCUCACUUCAUGGCCCCAGAGGUGGUGAAGAGGGAGCCGUAUGGUAAACCUGUGGACGUGUGGGGAUGUGGAGUCAUCCUCUUCAUUCUCCUGUCAGGGUGUCUGCCAUUUUAUGGCACCAAGGAGCGACUCUUUGAAGCCAUCUGCAAGGGCAAAUACAAGAUGAAUCCCCGCCAGUGGAACAACAUCUCAGAGAGUGCCAAGGAUCUGGUGAGGCGUAUGCUAAUGCUGGACCCUGCAGAGAGGAUCACUGUCUACGAGGCUCUCAACCACCCCUGGCUCAAGGAGAGGGACCGGUACGCUUACAAAAUCCAUCUGCCAGAGACUGUAGAGCAGCUGAGAAAGUUCAAUGCCAGACGGAAGCUCAAGGGAGCUGUGCUGGCUGCAGUGUCCAGUCACAAGUUCAACUCCUUCUACGGAGAUCCACCAGAGGAACUCCACGACUUCUCUGAAGACCCCUCCUCCUCAGGACUUCUAGCAGCAGAACGUGCUGUGUCUCAGGUGUUGGACAGUUUAGAGGAGAUCCACGCGUUGACAGACUGCAGUGAAAAGGAUCUGGAUUUCCUGCACAGUGUGUUCCAGGACCAGCAUCUACACACACUGCUUGAUCUCUACGACAAAAUCAACACCAAGUCAACGCCGCAGAUCCGAAACCCCCCCAGUGAUGCGGUGCAGAGAGCCAAAAGGGUUCUGGAAGAGAUCUCCUGCUACUCAGAGAAGUACGAAGCUAAAGAACUCAGACGGAUACUGACACAGCCGCAUUUCAUGGCCCUGCUGCAGGCCCAUGAUGUGGUCGCCCACGAGGUUUACAGUGACGAGGCUCUGCGGGUCACCCCUCCACCCACCUCGCCAUACUUGAACGGAGAAUCCCCAGAGAGCGCAAAUGGGGACAUGGACCUGGAGAACGUCACCAGAGUCCGCCUGGUCCAGUUCCAGAAGAACACAGAUGAACCGAUGGGCAUCACACUGAAGAUGAACGACUCCAACCACUGCAUCGUGGCAAGGAUAAUGCAUGGAGGAAUGAUCCACAGACAAGGAACGUUGCAUGUUGGAGAUGAGAUCAGGGAAAUCAAUGGCAUCAGUGUGGCCAACCAGACUGUGGAGCAGCUGCAGAAGAUGCUGAGGGAAAUGCGAGGCAGCAUCACCUUUAAAAUAGUGCCGAGUUACCGGACACAGGGCUCCUCGUGUGAGAAAGAGUCCCCCAGCACCUCCAGGCAGUCCCCUGCCAAUGGCCACUCCAGCAUUAACAGUUCUAUCUUGGACCUGCCGUCCACCAUCCAGCCUAAGGGUCGACAGAUCGUAUCCAGACCUCCCACAAAGGACAAAAUGUCAGUUAAGAUCUACGUGAAGGCCCAGUUUGAGUACGACCCCUCCAAAGACGAGCUCAUCCCCUGCAAGGAGGCCGGCAUCCGCUUCCGCGUGGGCGACAUCAUCCAGAUCAUCUCCAAGGACGACCACAACUGGUGGCAGGGCAAGCUUGAGAACACCAAGAAUGGCACCGCAGGCCUAAUCCCGUCCCCUGAGCUGCAGGAGUGGCGAGUGGCGUGCAUCGCCAUGGAGAAGACCAAGCAGGAGCAGCAGGCCAGCUGUACUUGGUUCGGCAAGAAGAAGAAGCAGUACAAAGACAAGUAUUUGGCAAAGCACAACGCAGUGUUUGACCAACUAGACCUCGUCACGUACGAGGAGGUCGUGAAGCUGCCUGUCUUCAAGAGGAAAACUCUAGUUUUGUUGGGCGCUCAUGGAGUGGGCAGAAGACACAUCAAGACCACACUCAUAACCAAACACCCUGAAAGAUUUGCCUACCCUAUCCCACACACAACCAGACCUCCGAAGAAGGACGAGGAGAACGGGAAGAACUACUACUUUGUGUCCCACGACCAGAUGAUGCAGGACAUCAGCAACAACGAGUACCUGGAGUACGGCAGCCACGAGGACGCCAUGUAUGGGACACGGCUUGAGACCAUUCGGAAGAUCCACCAGCAAGGAUUCAUGGCUAUAUUAGAUGUUGAACCUCAGGCCCUGAAGGUGCUUCGGACCGCAGAGUUCGCCCCAUAUGUUAUCUUCAUCGCAGCUCCAACUAUCACUCCAGGCAUCAAUGAGACGCCCAGGUGGUGUCGAACACUGCCGGAUGAGUCACUUCAGCGUCUGCAGAAAGAGUCUGAGAUCCUGCAGAAGACCUACGCCCACUACUUCGAUAUGACCAUCAUUAACAAUGAGAUCGAUGAGACCAUCAGGCACCUGGAGGAGUCUAUGGACCUGGUGUGCACCACCACCCAGUGGGUUCCAGUGUCCUGGGUCUACUGAUGUGCACCAUCCCCCCUCCGGCAGCAGCACCUCUGCUGAGGUCCUAUUCAGAAAACAGAAUCUAAGGAUUAAAAAAAUAAAUCAGUUUGGACCAAGGAAUGAGCUUCUUCUUGCUACCCUUGAUUUACCCCUCAGCGUACCCCCUGAGGGUGGUGCACAGUCGGACCCCUGCAUUCGGCCCCAGUCAGUCUUGUAAAAAAACAGAGUCAACAAUACAUGAAUAUUGUCAAGUCUGUACUAGCUAGGAGGCUAAAUCUUUGUAGAUGUUUUGUUUUAAAGAGACAGUCCUGUGUUUCUGUUCCUCUCAUGUCGGCGCACUCCUUGAUCUCCAGACCUCCCAUCUCACUGUCGUCCUGUCGGGUGUUGUAAACCACCACAAGUAAGACCCUGAUCGUGGGUAUCUUAUCAGGAGACUGAGGUUAAAAGCACACAAGCCCUCUGCAGUGUCUUCUCAUCUGCAGAUCACAUCAGCAGCCCUAAAUCCAGUUCUGAUCCAAGCUGUAUCCCCUCAUUGGCCUUAAUGUAGACACUCAGUGCGGUUCCAGUGGCACUACACCCACGCACCUACCUGGUACUGUCUCUUCUAAAUGAAUCCACAGGUGUUUCAGAGAUUAGAAUGAGGAUUUUCAUGCAUGUGGACAUUUUUGAGCUUCCAUGCUGUCAGUCAGUCAGUGUUCCCCAUGUCCCUCUGUGAACCUCAAAGAAAUGAGUAAAAAAAGAAAUAUAAAAAAUAAAACCAACAUUCCUGCUGUUGAAAAAAACUGAACUGUACCUGAAUUUGGAGCGAGACAAAAAAAACAUGACAGAGCUGGACGUUGACUCGCCUGAACAUAUCCCUCGACUUUUAGGCAACAUUUCUAAACCACAGAUUUAUAAAGAGAUCAACCGUGUAUGUGAGACGUGUUUGUAAGAAAAGGAUAUCUAAUAAAAGUCUUCAUUUGUUUCUCUA